AUGAGUCCGAUGGCUUCAACAAGGUGGUGUCCGACGCCGGAGCAACUAAUGAUCUUGGAAGAGAUGUACCGGAGCGGUAUACGGACUCCAAAUGCGGUGCAGAUACAGCAGAUCACAGCUCACUUAGCAUUCUAUGGACGUAUUGAGGGCAAAAACGUCUUUUACUGGUUCCAGAACCAUAAGGCGAGAGAUAGACAGAAGCUUAGGAAGAAACUCGCUAAGCAACUUCAUCAACAACAACACCACCUCAAUCUUCAGCUCCAACAAAUCAAACCCAAACCAAUAUCUAUGAUGUCUCAACCACUUAGCAACAUCAUAGAUCAUCAUAAUCCUUACCAUCAUCAUCAUAAUCAUAGUCAUCAUCAUCGUCCCUACGAUCAUAUGUCUUUUGCUUGCUGCUCUCACCCUUCUCCUACUUAUCUUUCUCAUCAGGGAAUUGGAGGAGAAGCUCAAAGCAAAGUGGUGAAUGAAUACUACUGUAACAAAAGUGGACCUGAAGAGAUGUUGAUGCAAAAACCAAUCACGGGUCCAAACUCAUCGUACGGUCGAGAUUGGAUGAUGAUGAUGGAUAUGGGCCCACGACCAUCAUAUCCCUCAUCAUCAUCAACAUCAUCACCCAUUCCAUGUUGUAACAUGAUGAUGAGCAGUGCAAAGAUACCCCUAAAAACCCUUGAACUCUUCCCAAUCUCAUCCAUCAAUUCCAAACAAGACAGUACCAAACUUUAA